AUGUUUCAUAAUGAUAGGACAGAUGAAACAAGUGAAGAAUCUGUUGUUGGAUUUACUCCUCCUCCUGCACCUGCUUCGGAGCCAAGUCCUCCACAGCUUAAUCAGCCUCCUCUGUACCAGACGAAAAGCUUUGAGAAGUUUUCUAUAAAGCUGAGAAAGCGCAUGGCCCGACUUGCCAAUGAGGUCGUUGAGCUCACCGGUUGCGUACAUUUGGGCAUCCCAUUGAAAGAGCCAUUUACAGGAACUGAUUCAGCCUAUUACUGUAAAAGAAUUGUCCCUUGA